AUCGCUUUCCCUACGCUGUUGUGUUGAAUUGUAGCGACAUUCGCUUUUUUCUGCCCAAAAAAUACUGUGAAAAUAUUGAUAAAUUGAGACAAAUCUGUGGAUAUGGCUGGCGGAAAAGCAGGCAAGGAUUCUGGAAAAGCCAAAGCAAAGGCCGUUUCGCGUUCAGCUAGGGCUGGAUUGCAGUUCCCUGUGGGCAGAAUUCAUCGGCAUCUCAAGAAUCGCACCACAAGCCAUGGACGCGUGGGGGCCACAGCGGCCGUCCACUCAGCUGCCAUCCUUGAAUAUCUCACCGCUGAAGUACUGGAGUUGGCUGGUAAUGCAUCAAAAGAUCUUAAAGUGAAGCGUAUAACUCCCCGUCACUUGCAGCUGGCCAUCCGUGGAGAUGAGGAAUUAGACAGCCUUAUUAAGGCCACUGAUUAA